GUCGUUGCUGCUGACGGGCUAUCCAAACGAGACGUUUUCCGACUGCCCGAUCCAUUCGCAGUCAUAACCGUCGAUGCGGAGCAGACCCACACGACAAGCGUCAUUAAGAAGACUCUCAAUCCUUAUUGGAAUGAAAGCUUUGAUAUAACGGUCAAGGAUUCUUCUGUCGUUGCUGUUCAAAUAUUUGACCAACGCAAGUUCAAGAGGAGGGAUCAAGGAUUUUUGGGUGUGGUGAAUGUGAGAGUCAGCGAUGUGUUGGACCUUGAACUUGGCGGCCAUGAGAUGCUUACAUUGGACCUCAAAAAAUCGAAUGACAACCUCGUUGUUCAUGGCAAACUUAUCAUUUACUUGUCGACAAAUAUUACCCAACCUAUUGCUAACCCUGGCCCGUCUCAAAUUUCCCACGCCACAGGCACAGAUACAGCAACUUCUUCGAUGCCAGUGCCUUCUCCGGUGACUACCACUUCGGAAGAACAACAACAAUCCACAGCGCCCACAUCUCGCCCAGCGAGCUCUGUUUCGGCCUCAAACUCUGCAACUGUGGCACCUGCUCCAACUGCCCACGGCACUACCUCGCCUGCAUCUGCCGCGCAAAACGCCCAGAUGCGCAAUUUCAACCCCAACGUCGAUCAAUAUGGCCCAUUACCCCCGGGUUGGGAACGUCGUAUAGACCCUCUAGGACGUACAUAUUAUGUGGACCACAACACGCGUACAACCACGUGGAACAGGCCCUCGGCGAGCGCGGCCGCCAACACCAUCACACAAGAUAGCGAAACCAGCGCAGCCCGUGAUCAACAUUCUCGUCGUAUCCUCGCCGACGAUUUGCUAGAAGCCAACAAUCCGGUGUAUCGAAGUGGGUCGGCAGCGGGUGGAUCGGCCUCAGCUGCACCUCAGCCAGCUGCACCAGCAGCUAUCCCGGCGAGCACGGCGACCACCCCAGGAACGGGCAGUUUACCUAAUGGUUGGGAGGAACGCUACACCCCGGAGGGUCGCCCGUAUUAUGUUGAUCAUAAUACACGAACGACUACAUGGGUCGAUCCACGACGACAAACCAUCAUCCGCGUGAUGGGGCCCGCCGGCCAAGGUGCUGCGUUACAACCUCAGACGAUUUCACAGCUCGGCCCUCUCCCGUCGGGCUGGGAAAUGCGUCUGACGUCCACCGCCCGUGUUUACUUUGUCGACCACAACACAAAGACGACAACUUGGGAUGACCCUCGUCUUCCGUCGACGCUUGAUGCCAACGUGCCUCAGUACAAGCGAGACUUUAGGAGAAAACUUAUCUACUUCCGAAGUCAACCUGCCAUGCGAGCACAACCGGGCAACUGUCAGAUUAAGAUUAGACGAAACCACAUCUUUGAAGACAGUUACGCGGAGAUUAUGCGACAAACUCCCAACGAUUUAAAGAAACGGUUAAUGAUCAAGUUUGACGGUGAAGAUGGUUUGGAUUAUGGUGGUCUUUCGAGAGAAUUCUUCUUCUUGCUAUCCCACGAGAUGUUCAAUCCGUUUUACUGCUUGUUUGAAUACUCUGCGCACGACAACUAUACCCUCCAAAUCAACCCUGCUUCAGGCGUCAACCCCGAGCAUUUGAACUACUUCAAGUUCAUCGGCCGAUGCCUGGGUCUUGGUAUCUUCCAUCGUCGGUUCUUGGAUGCGUACUUUAUCGUCAGCUUCUACAAAAUGAUUUUGAAAAAGAAAGUAACGCUGUCAGACUUGGAGAGCGUUGAUGCAGAGUUGCACCGCGGUAUGACUUGGAUGCUCGAAAACGAUAUCACAGAUAUUAUCGACGAAACAUUUACCACUACGGAAGAGCGAUUCGGAGAAAUGGUCACGAUUGACCUCAAACCGGGCGGGGCUGAUGUACCGGUCACAGAAGAGAAUAAAAAGGAAUACGUGGAUCACGUUGUCGAUUACCGCAUUUCCAAACGGGUGAACGAGCAAUUCGAGGCGUUCAUGUCGGGAUUCAGCGAGCUCAUCCCUCAGGAACUGAUUACAGUCUUCGAUGAACGCGAACUGGAGCUGUUGAUCGGUGGCAUGUCCGAGAUCGACGUCGACGACUGGACCAAAUUUACUGAUUAUCGCGGCUACGAAAUGAACGACGAGGUGAUCCAAUGGUUCUGGAAGUGUGUUCGCAGCUGGCCUCCUGAGCGCAAAUCGCGUUUGUUGCAAUUUGCCACGGGCACGUCGCGUAUCCCCGUCAAUGGGUUCAAGGACUUGCAAGGAUCCGACGGGCCUCGACGAUUCACGAUCGAAAAGUCGGGAGAUCCAUCACAGCUGCCGAAGAGUCAUACCUGUUUCAACCGUAUCGAUUUACCCCCUUAUAAGGAUUACGCCAGUCUGGAGCAUAAGCUCACUCUUGCUGUAGAGGAAACCGUUGGUUUCGGGCAAGAGUAA